AUGUUAAAGAAGAAUGACGAUUUUAAUUCAUUUUACGAAUGUAGGAAAAAUGAAAAUGAGGAUAAUGAAAAAGGAGCCAAUACCGAGGUGGGAUCCCCGUUGAGUGGACAACUCCCCUCGCAAACCAGCGAUCACUACAGUGAUGCCGAAGACGUAAAUUUUAGGAACCCCCUUAUCCGGAUGAUGAAUAAUUUUUUGUAUUUCCUCCUGUUAAGUGAGUUCUUUACCUUUAAUGAGGUAAUCAAGUUAAUGCCCUUGUGCAAGUGUUCCUACGACAUAUUUAAUCGAUUCUUUUAUGUCAAUGUGCAUGUGAAUCCGUUUAGACAAUCUGUUAAGGAUAUUAUACGAUUUUUAAAUGAGAAUAAAGAGUACCAGUUUUAUAUUUUGAAGGGAUCAAAUUUUAUGGAGGAUAGUUGGGAGAGUCGUCUCGACCAGAAGAGGGAGCUACUCAAUUGCGAGUCCGUCAUCGGUGGAGUGCAUGACCCUGAGGAGGGUCCCUCAAACGGAGGGAAAACCUCAAGCACAGAAGAAACUACUUUAAACAAAGCAGAAAAACGCAACGGUGGAAAUUCAGAUGAACAACAUAGGGUAGUACCCCCCCCUGGUGAUCUCAGCACGAACAGAGGAAUGGAAGAAGUCGAAGCAGGGAUUAACCCCAUGCAAAAUGAACAGUCUAAAAAGGAGGGAGAAACACCAUCCGGGGAUACAGAUCAGAGUAGUAGUAAUCCCCUGGAGAAAGCCAAAAAAUGUGUAAAAAAUGGAGAAAAGGUACUUUACACAAAUAAUAUUAUGAACAUGAGAUACUUAUUCAGUUUGUAUGAAUUCAUUCGCGUCUAUUUAAGUAAGGACAACAGAGAAGGUGUAACUUUUUGCACCUCUGAUGAUAAAUUUAAACGUAGCUCUAGCAAAAGGAGGGAUAUUUUUUAUGACGAUGUUUUUCCUUAUGGCAAUAAAAUCAGCUCAUUUGAAUAUAAAAUAAAAUUAAAGAAACAUGUACAGAGGAGAUGGAAUUUGAAGAGUAACUAUGUGCAUGAAAAUUAUUUUUUGCACAGGACGAGGGGGUCAAAUGGUCUCCACGGAGGUGUACUAAAAUUGAUUCACAACAAGCAGAGUCAGUUGUACCCCUCGUUUAGUUCGUUCCUCUCGUUGGACAAGUCUGGGUGUUUAAAUUUGUGGAAGGUCAACGAUGUGGAUUCGUUGCUUCCUACUCGUUUGCUGGAGGCGCAGCUGACGUGGGAGGGGCAGAACGCCCUCGCCCCCAGGGAUGCGCUAGACGCGCAACGAAUCAGCGAAGGAGGAAAAGUGAAAAACGUAGUGAUGAAUGGCAGGAAAAAAUGUACCGUGGGACUUAACCAAGCCAUAUGUUACCGCAUAGACCUAGAGAGCGGAGCGGUAGAGAGCGACAAACGGCUCAUGGAAAAUUUGAAGAAAAUUAUCUCCUUCGAUUACAACACGAAUAUUGUUAUGAGCAAAAAGAAUAUCCUAAUUGAUGAUAGGAGGAUGUCAAACUACGUCUCUUAUGUGAAUUACAACCUAAUUGAUUAUGAUAAUGAUAAAAAAUAUUUCAAUAGUGAAAAUUAUUUCCAUGAUUUUAGUCUAACUGGCAUAUCACUAACCUCUCUAAAUUCUAACAGUUCCAUUUUUUUAUUUGACUUGAGAUACAAAUAUCCUACCACAUGUCUUCAUUACGAGAGUGCCAUCACCGAAACGCAUAGUUCUAAUCAAAAUGGGAAGAUGCUCUACUUGUUAAAUUUGAAGAGAAAUUAUAACUCCAGGUUCUACUGUAGUAAUAAAAAAUAUAGUGGUUUCCAUGACAACAUCAUUUUGAAUCCAUUGGUGACACGCAAGAAGGAGGAAAUAAAUCAAGGAGAGGAAGACUUCGUUAAGGAUAAAAUCCUUUCCGAUGAGUCAUUUAUUUAUACUAUUGUAAAGGAGGGAAGGGAGAGAGAAAUGGGGGGGUGUAACUUACCUACUUCUUUUUUGAACAUGUGGAGGUGGUGUGAUAAAAGACAAUUUAAAACCUUUUUUCAUUAUUAUGAGGACAUAACAGCUGGAAGGAGGAAUUAUUCCGAUAUGUUCGUUUCAUCCCCAUCGGAGAAUGCAUCAUCAUCGUAUGUCAGUGCGGAAUGUAGUGGCACAUCCAACUUGGGAGGCGACUUUUUUGCCUCGGGGGAGACCUCGGAGGCCAGCUCAGCAGGACCUUAUUGCUACAGAACGCUCACUUUUGAUCAAAUUUACAAAUUUGUGGACACUCCAAAUCAUUUAUUCCUCACUUAUGAAAAUUCGAACUAUGUUCACUCGCUGUUGUCUCCUUCGCAUGGGCUCGAGCUAAAGAGCUCCCUCAAGGAGGUCCCCUUUUUCAUGCAUCCCACCAAUUUGUGA